AUUGUGAAGAAGAAAUCUUACACAAAUGGAAUAGAUAUUUAUUUGAAGAACUAAGUCAAGAUAAUGAUUCAGAAGACUCUUAUUAUUGGAUAACUACUAUUGAUAUGACUACUGUAACUGAUAUGACUACAGCUGAUAUAAUAACUACUACAACUGGCACUACUAAUUUCACGGCAAGAGACAAACCAGCAAAAUUGGAAGCAUAUUUGGUGAAUGAAUAUACUCUGUAUUCUGAUGUAUGGAUAAUGGCUAGAAUUUCUUUCAGUGUUAUUGAAAAUCCAUUUAUUCAAGACAUGUUCAAAGAAUUUCAACCAGGAUAUCAUCUACCAUCUAGAAAUAUUUUAUUAGGUCGACUUCUUGAUGAAGAGUUGGCAUGGUUGAGUUUUUCUGAUCAAGAAUUGACAGAUCUUGAUCUUCAAGAUGGAUGUAAUAUCACAUCAAUUGGCAAUAUCAUUAGUUAUGAUGAAGCAGAUCAAAUAAGGGUUAGUGAAGGAAGUUUAUUAGAUAAUAAUAGUUCUGAUUCUUUACUAAUUGAGAAGAUUGUUGAUUUGAGUACAGAAUAUUUUAAAGAAGGACAUUCUGAAACUUUUGUAGCAACACAAAUUCAAAAUGUUCAAAAUAUUUCUUCUAGUGAUUUAGAUUAUGAUCCAUCUGAUAUAUUAAGUAGUUUUUUUAGAAUGGGAAAGACAGAAGAGAAAUAA